CAGGGGAUCGACACCGUCGACUUCCCCGAGGGCCACUGCUGGUGUGACUUCGUGCGCGGCCUCUGCGCCGACAAGCCGGACCGCCGACUGCCUGCCCUUCCUGGAGGGACGAGGAACAUCACGGAGCAAGACUGGUUCGAGGAGGCGGACUUCAACUGGGAAGCGCUCCGGAAGUGUCAGAUGCAGCCCCCGCACGUUCCGCAGGUGGAGGGCCCCGAGGACCUGAGCAACUUCGCGGCGGACGAGCAGGAGCUGCCCGAGAGACUAGAGUACGAGGAGUCCCAGUGGGAAGAGAUUUUCCGCGAUUUCGAGGAGCUUGAACCUCAUGUUGCUGUGCUCGAGGAGCUUGCGGAGCUCGGGCACGAAGUGGAGAAAUCUGGUCGUGUCCUGUUUUGCUCGGCGUCCCGCACCCGGAGAGAGGACCCGAGGGGCCCCGCCAGCAUCCACGACGAGCCGCUCAGCCCGCGCACCCCUGGCCAGGCGCAGGAGGAGGCGCCGGCGCCCGGCAGGCCGAAAGCGGACGGCACUGCCGCCGGGCGCGC